GUGACAUACUGCACCUGUGACUCAGUCAAGCAAACACUAUUUCAUAGAGGUGAAAAAUAUCAAUCUAGCAAACCAACAUUCACAACUUGCUCAGAUAAUCUCUUACUAUUUUAAGACAAAGAGAAUGUAGAAGAGGCGAGCCAUGAGGACUUUGUGGAGCAAGAAUAACUCAUCACAAAGAGCUCCCAUGAUGAUGAUGAGCAAUCAUGUCCUUUGGUGGUGGACCACACCCUUCCAUCUUCCACUUCGAGCUUUGAAGAGUUGGACACCGAUGAAGAUACGCCAGAAGAUAUUGUCAAAGACAUUGCUUGGAAAUUUUCUUGAAGAAGAGUGAGGAAGGGUGAGAAAGGAAGUUCUGGAGAAGGAAGUGAGCUAUGAGAAGGAGGAACUUGAUUGUUUCCAAGGGGCAAACUUGGGAAGAAGGAAGGGAGGUUGAGGAUGCAAAUGGUGAACAAGAUGAGGACGAGGUUGGGGUGGAUGAAGCUUCCACAUGUUACACCUUCUACCAAAGCUUUCUACUUGACCUUGAUGCACUUCUAGAGAAUGACCCUUUUGUGGUUUCUCUUUCCAAGCUAAGGCCACACCAUCAUCCGUCCCUCUUGGUGGAUAUGAUGGUGGUCAAUCCAUGAUGUCCUACAUGGUGUGGGGCAAAGAGUAAGGCAAGAAUAAGGGUGUCAUGGGUGGAGCCUAAUCUCUCAUUAAGUCCCAUGCCAUUUGCAUCAUUUGAAGCAUCCCAUAAUGUGAAAAAAGUGCUUGUUGGGAGGCAACCCAACUACUUUGACUUUUUUCACUUUGCUUUGGUUUCGAGUCAAUAAAUUGACAUUUGUGAGCUUCAAUGUUUUGGUCUUUUGGAUUUUAGCUUUCUCUUUCGGAUCUCACCCGCCCUCUGGUUCCAUCCACCAUUAUUCACACAUAAUCAUGUAACUUCAUUCUACCCUCAUUAUCUUUCCUCCAUUGAGGACAAUGUCGUGCUUAAGUGUGGUGGGGUGUUCCAUGAUGUGUGAGUGUGUGUGAAUAAAUGGUGUUAAUGAAUGAUUUGGCCUAUCUUAUGAAUGCUUGUAGCCUAAAUGAAUGCCCAAAUUUCAAGGUUUUGAGGGUUUCAAGCACAAGUCCAUUGAGAGUGCUUUUUUAGAACCUUGAUUAUAUGCCCAAAUUUCACACGUUUGAGGGUUCCAAACACCUUCGCUUAUAGGGAUGGCAAUGGGGUGGGUUUUGACUCUCUACCAACCUACCACUACAACUCAAUCCCAAGUAUAGGCCAAGUGUAACCUAAAACCGGGUGUAGCACAAAGUAAGUAUUUCAAAUAUGAACCCGGGUGAUCUAUAUAUCCUUACUUCAGCCAUCUACAAGUUAUUUAGAAAUCGAAUUGUUGUUAAAGCUAACAAACUAGGCAAGCAAGCAAUGAAAACGAUGUUGAAUUCAAUCGAGAAAAUAUCACUCGGACGAUAUUCCCCCUAGUCCCACGUUGAGGUGCUAUUGUGAUAUUGUAAUGCGAUAGGUAAGCUUCAUAUACUGUUAGGAGAGCUAAAGUAGCUAGGAUCCCUUAUUCGAGUGUAUCCUAGCCCGCUCAAUCGAUCUAAUCGGAGGGACGUACCUCAUACCCAUGAAAGAUGACUAAGACAACCAAUUAUUCUCUCUCGAGAUUAACCCAAAAUGGUGUAGAGUCACCAAUCCAAAUGACUAAUGGCACUCUAAGAUGAUUGAGGAGUGACGCGAAUUGCCCUAGAAGAUCUUAUGCCUCCUAGGUGAAUUGCCCCAAAAUUGAAGGAUUUGAUCAGUAACACCCAAUUUUCAUGAAAAUAUCUCAAUCAGUAGGAUUUGAUCAAUCACAAUGCCCAAUCACAAUAGAGUUCACAAAUCAAAACCUACAACUUCCUAGACUAGGGUUCCUAUCAUCCAAGUGAAAAGGAGGACUACUCCAUAGCUUCAUAGCAACAUGCAACCCGAUAGUUGGUAGAGGACUUCCUAGGUCAUUUAGCAGCUUACGAGAUCAACAGUUCUUAAGACAUCCCCUAUCUCUCUCCUCAAGAGCUCUAGUCUCAAGCCAGGAUCAUGCCAAGUAAUGGACCUUGGACAGAUAAUUCAUGGAUGAUGAGACUCUCAUAACACACACAACCAUUGACUCUUCAUAUCGGGUGCUCUUUUCGCUUCAUUUCAUUUGUUGGAACCCCCAUUUUCAUACUCUUGCAUUUCCUUUUUAGUUCAUUUAAUGUUUUUCCUGGCGGGGUUCCAGCCUGCAAUUUUCAAGGUCGGCCCUUAUUGGUUGAGUAAGAGCAAUUUCUAUACAUCUCUCGCUUGCCAGAGUACUUCUUUUAACUCAUUUUCCUCAAUUCAUGUGGAGGGGUCAAUGAAAUUAAGGGGGGUCGGAAGCUCUAUCUGUGCCCUUAAGAAAGAUCUUCAAGUAGG